CGAAGAUACUGACCUCUUGUUCUAUGACUCCAAGCCUCGUCUCUCGAAGUACCAGGCAAGCACCGAACGGACACAUCUCAAAGCAGAGUGACUUCCAGAGAACAACCCUUUGCCAGGGAAAGCAACAGACCCGGACCCUUCUUUCCGCGCCAUCAACCACAAUAGCAUCUUCCGGAACACUCACCACUUCAAUACAAAACUCUCUGCCUCUCUCCAAGAUCUCUUUCCUCCCUAACCAUCAACCAUCAAGAACACGUCCAGAAUGGCCGACCCAGAUCCCCUCGAUAUCAACGCCAGAACCGACACAAACAUACCUAGUCUUAGGGGCAACAAUCCAGGUUUCCAAAACUUCGACCUCAGCGACACAGACUUCUUUACAAGUGAUGGCGAUGAGAGCAAUUGGUCCCAGGAGCAUCCUCGCCUCACAGAUGCCGUGUUCCUUGAGCUUCUCAGUACCGCGUACAACAAGCGUGAUGAUCUUGUGGCACAGUGGAGUGGGCAACCCAUCAAGUUCGAGGGUGAACCUCCCAAGGGUUACGCUCUGUUCAAGAAGAGCGAUUUGAGUAUCCACGGGCAUCCUUCCGGCAAUCAGUUCAGAUCGGUCAAGUUGUUCAUUGAUCAUCUGCACAGUAUCAUGACUGGCACCCUUGGUACAUGUGGCUGUACGCUCUGUCCUCAACGACCCACUCCUUUAGCUGCAGCUGGCCCGAGCACUGCAGGCUCGAAGACAACUUAG